UAGAGCUGAAGUAUAGGUAAGUUUAUGACACAAUCUUAAAGUCAGAUGUUUUGCAAUAAGUACACAAUAAUGCAUGUAGAACAUGACUGUAUUUCAAUUUGGAAGAAAAUAUUAAACAGAACCCGAAAUCAUUGUGUAUAUUGAUAUAUUAAAACUAGACAUGCUUGUAUAAAUUGACAAUACCAACCAAAGCAAUUUAAAAAUGGAAUUUGAGUUUUACCAUAUAUUUUCAGAAAAGGUUACUGGUAGAAACCAAUCAUGGCUGUGCGCAUGUUUAACACGUAUUCCGUAUUUGUCGGUCACAUUCAUCCGGACACUAAAAGGCAACAACUUAAAGAACUUUUUGACGCCUGCGGCGAAAUUAUUGACAUAGUGAUCCUUAGUAAACCAGAGACACUAUACAACUAUGGGUUUGUGCGGUACUCCACUCCUGAAGCAGUAUUGCGUGCCGUUGGCGAGCUCAGUGGCUGGGUACUUAAUAGUAUUCCACUUGUCGUUGACAUUUCCAAGGAUACUGCAGAUCGAAUCUCCAGAGAGAAGUCUGGCAUAGUUAGACCUAAAGAAAGAAGGCUGGGUAAGACAGAGCCCCCGAGGCAGUCGCAGGGCAGGUUGUUUGUGGAAGAUACCAUGUACCUGACCCGACUUCAAGAAGCAUGCAUCGCUCAGAAUCUGGAGCAUAACAACACCGGCCAGAUACAAACAGGGCGCUUCCUUGAAUCCAUAGAACGUCACCGUGCAGAGAGAUUUCCUACAGUCUGGGGCACGAUAGCUGAUAACUCCGGCUUCAAAGACAUUUCUCGUAGAAUAUUUGAGAAGUGUAUAUCUGCUGGGGGAGUGGGCGGGGCUAGCUAUGGGGAAGAGAGACAGGCGGAGUACAUGUCCGCCCUUCAGACAAUCAUGGCGGAGAUCAACUCUGUACUACAGCAAUCAAAUCCAGUUAAAACAGUGGGUGACAGUGAUAACAGCAAUCAGGCGAAGGACCACAAUGAUCAAAUACCCAAUCAGUGUGAUAAAAACAUAAAGACAGCCAAUAAUUCUCAAGAACCUGUAAAAUGCAUUGAUGUGAUUAGAGAUGGUUUGGCAAAGUCUCAGUCUCCGGGAAGCGUCCAAGAUCAAACAGUACCAAGGACAAAGAGUGCUUCUGAAAUGGUUGGUGGAAGUGGAACUGUGUUUAAACCUGAUGAAAUAGGCCAAAGCAGACAGAUUUCUGCCACUGGUUGCUCAGAUUUGGAGAACAGUUAUGCUAGGCAGAAGCUAAGAAGUGAAGAGGUUAAAUCAGCAUCUUUCUCUAGUGGAACCAGCAGUAAUAGCCUCAGAAUGACAAAGGAAACGCCUCACAAACAUGUGGAAAAUCAAGCUGUUAUGACAAACAUGGUAUCCGAGGCUCUGGAUGUAAGUGAUCCUGCUAUUGUGGACUUCCAUGUGUCUCCUGUAAGAAUCGACUCAGAAAGGGCAGAUAUUAGAGCCAGAGAAAAAGAUCAUCUCGAAAAUCUGUUUGCGAAACUCAGUCCUAAGCAGCCAUUAGAUAAAACUAAGUGUACUUCAUAUGAUAGUAAUGUGCCUGUAAAAACAGAGUCAGGGUAUUAUGUUGGUAUUCAGAAUGGACAAACUGAGAGGUCUGAUUCCCGCGGAUCAACCACUUCAGAGGAUUCUACAGAGGGUAACAUUAUUGCCGAUUCAGGUGUGGAGUCUGACUUCUUGAGUAAUAGAAGCAAUCUAGGUGCUCGAAGCAAAGUUCCGGAUGAUUGUAUCAUGGCGUCCAGAGCAUUUCAGGAGGAGCGUGUAGCUGGUGGAAUGAGCCACGGUAGGCGGCGCUUUAUGCCAGGGGGUGAAUCUCAACAGUUACGGCCUGUUCCGCUGGAGAUCAACAUGAAGGGUGUAGAGUUGCCUAUUCAAUUGUUGGGUAGAGGUCGAAGUGUUAACAGUGUAGCAGAAAAGACCUUCUCUCCGAUUGUUGGAUCUCAGGCAAAGAAAAAUGACAGGGUGACAAGUGCUGGGCGAGGUUGGAACAACGCUGGGGCAUCCAGUGGCCUGGGCUACCAGUGGGAGCUGACUAAGGGGACCACAGGGGUUGGAAGGGGAAACUUUGGGUGAUAACAGCUGAUUAUUGAUUAACAUCAGUAUCCUACAUAUACAAACAGAAUCUCUGUACACUUUCACUACAGUGUUAUUUGAACUUUGAGAAACCUUGCUGUUACAGAAAUGCAUGGUUGACUCACAUGUCCGUCAAUUUAUAAAAAAAAAGAAAAAUUGUUGACCGAUUAUCGAUAUGUUAUAACACUGUAAGUUUUGUGUCAAUUCCAUGAUCUCAUGUUUUUUCUCUUUUUAUACAUGAACACGAAGUGACUUAGACAUGUGUUAGUAAUUUGCAAGUAAAUGUUGUCUAUUUUUAUAUACAAUUAAUAUAUGUAGAAAUACAAAAGGGGUAAAAAUACAGUAUUGGUAGAAGCGUUGAACAAAGAUGCAGAACAGCAUACAAUUACAUGUGUACUUAAUUGGUCAGGUAUCUAGCCUUUAAAUAGUGGAUUAACUUUUAUGGUGCUAAAGAUAAUUGCGCAAUAUGUUAAAGGUGCUCAUUUUACAAUUUUGCUUUCUAAUAACUGUUACUUGUUAAAAAUGUUGUGGUCCAAAUAUUAUUAUGGCAUUAUUGAAAAUUUCUUUUUCUAAACUAUUUUAUAGAAUUUAAAGUAAAUAUGUUGAUUUUUUGUUACUCCAACAGAUAUUAAAGAAAAGAAAAAGCUUGAAGGAGCUUAACAUGUUUUGUGAACAUGGUGCAUUGCCUCAAAAUAUGAAUCUUUAUGAUCUUUUGUAAAUAAUUGAUUUUUUUCUCUUCAUUUUGUUUUUACUUUAAACUUUUCGUUGUUUAAAUAUUUUUUUAUGUCUCGAAACGAAGGCUUAUAAGAAUAACAAUGUGUGACUGUUUGUGGUCGAGUAAGUGGGCAAUGAUAGGCAUUAUGUGUAGGUUGACUUUUAGUUGCAACAUAAGUGAUUUACAGAACGUAAUCAUUUAAUAAUCAUUGAAAAAAUAAAUCAUGGACAUUUGCCAUAUUCCUCUGGCACCUGUUACUAUUGUAUGUAAUAAAUUGUUGGCAUUUGCCAUAUUUUUGCACUACCUGUUACUGUUGAAUGUAAUAAAUUGUUGGCGUUUGCCAUAUUCCUCUGGCACCUGUUGAAUGUAAUAAAUUGUUGGCAUUUGCCAUAUUUUUGCACUACCUGUUACUGUUGUAUGUAAUAAAUUGUUGGCAUUUGCCAUAUUCCUCUGGCUCCUGUUACUGUUGUAUGUAAUAAAUUGUUGGCGUUUGCCAUAUUCCUCUGGCUCCUGUUACUGUUGUAUGUAAUAAAUUGUUGGCAUUUGCCAUAUUCCUCUGGCUCCUGUUACUGUUGUAUGUAAUAAAUUGUUGGCAUUUGCCAUAUUCCUCUGGCACCUGUUGUAUGUAAUAAAUUGUUGGCAUUUGCCAUAUUCCUCUGGCACCUGUUAGUGUUGUAUCUAAUAAAUUUACGGCAUUUGCCAUAUUUUUGCAGUUCUUGCACCGUGUUAGUGUACCAUAGUUUGGGUUUUUUUAUUUUAAUUUUUUAACUCUUUUUCUGUUUGUGUUCUUUUUCGAUACUUUAUCUUGUUUGUUUAUAAUUUUUAAUUCGUUGAUAAAAUAUUUGCUAAAUAUUUUUGACUUCCAUAUUUUUUGAUAAAUCAGUUGAUAAACAGCCUUAACAAAUAAGUGUGUCUCAUAAUUUAACACAUAGAUCUGUAAAGUGAAGUUCAAUAUUUCAAUACUCUACCUAAUUUCUUUUUUUGUCAUUUUGAAUUGUUACUAUUUUCAUGAAAGAUUUAAAGGCCGAUUGCAGCCUUGCAAAGAAGUAAAGGAAGUUGAAUGUUUAAAUGGGCCCCAUAUUGCUCUAUUUACCACUAGUAUCUUGGUUUUUAUGUCAUUGCCAGGUUUGUAUGUAGUUUCGUUGCGCUCUGAAGUAGAGUUUGGACGGCUGAUAAAUUUUGUAAUGAGAUACUUUUUACUCAAAUUUUUUUAAUGGGGCAGCGGAAAAAAGAGGGGGCUGCCGUAACUUAUAUAACAGCCCAAACUUUAAAUUGUUGUUAAUAAAUGUAUAUCGUGAAUGAUUUGCCCAGUAAGCUUAUAGAGAUAACGGCUCAUGAAUCAGUUCCUCCUGUAAUUACUCGAGUAUUUACAGCAUCUGAAACAAUUAAAAAUCUAUAUAUAUAUACAUACUUUGUACAAUUUGUUACAACUUAUAUGAUACCGGUACUCCUUAUAUUCUUAAAUGUACACAUGUAUAUACCACUGUUGACUUCAUGUAUGUUAAAGUCAAAGACAAACUAAUUUGUCAAGUAUAGAUUUCUUUUUUUGUCCUCUAUAAUUCUUGAAGGAAUGCUCAAUAUUUUUGGCCUCCAUAUAUUUUUAAAAGAGCCCUUUUAAAUGAUGUCACAUUGAUGUUACUAUUCCUGUAUAUACUGGCAUUUAAUCGACCAUACAUGUUUAAUUGCUUAGUUUAAUUGCUACACAUCAAACACAGCUUGCUAAAAAUCAGUUAAUAAACAUCCUUAACAAAUAAGUGUGUCUCACAAUAUACACAUCUGGAAAGUGAAGUUCAAUAUUUCAAUACUAUACCUAAUUUCCUUUUUGUCUUUUUGAAAUUUUACUAUUUUUCAUGAAAUAUUUAAAGGUUGAUAGUUUUUUUAGACAGAAUUGCAAAGAAGUAAAGGAAGUUGGAUGUUUAAAUGGGCCCCAUAUUGCUCUAUUUACCACCAGUAUCUUGGUUUUUAUGUCAUUGCCAAGUUUGUAGGUAGUUUUGUUGCGGUCUGAAGCAGAGUUUGGGUGGCUGAUGAAUAUUGUUAGUUGUUCUGAAUAGUCUGUUUGGGGUCUUGUGCAGAUUUUGAUGGGGUAAAAUAUGUUAUAUUGUUUCUUAAACUUGUCUUUGCACAUACUUUGUAAGAAUCUUCUAAGGGUUAUUCAAUGACAAUAUAACCUAAAAUACAAUUGUUGCUGAGGCCAAUGUAAAUUAAUUGCUAGAUUUUCAUCCAAAAAUAGUUUUAAAUGGGGGGAAUGAUAUAUAUAUUUUUUGUUUUCUUAAAUGACUGUUGACUAUGUGGUCAUUCUCUUUCUUACUGCAUAAGGGACUAUAUAGAUAUGUUUUAGACAAACCAUGAACACGAUUUGAACACAUUGACACCAUAGGUAUGAUUGAAACCUGUUCAUGAACAGAACUGGACCGAUACACAGAUAUAGACCCUAGUUUAACAUUUUUAUUUGAGUCAAUAAAAUUUAAGGGUCAGUGGAAAAAAGAAGGGGGCCAGCGGGGAUGAAUAUCUAGCAAUUAGUUUAUAGUUGCCUUAGAGUUAUACUAAAGUGUUCAGUGUGUCUGCCAAUACAUAAUUAUUAAAUUCUAUGAAAAAAUAAUGCAUAACAUAAUGUCAUGAUUUUUUUCAAAAAAAAAAUUGACAUCUGUGAAUUUACUGGUUUAUGUGGAAAUGUGAAAAAACCUUGUUGUUGUGUUUUGGGUUAAUGCCAGAAAGCACCAAGGUAAUUUCUUUCGUACACUUCUGUUGAUGGGUUCCUUGAAUGGUCUGACUCCACACAUGACAUUUGUUGGUCUUGAAUGUACAGUUGUACAUAUUUUUGUAAGCAAACAUUUCAAGUAGAACAGAACAUAAUUUUUUUUAUAUUGUUUCUUCUUUCUACAAAUGUAUUAAGAGUUAUUCCAGCAAAUUCGUAAAUAAACAAAGUCCUCAAAAGCCAUGUGGCUUUGUCAUGUCCUUUUUGAAGCCAGAUUGUUUCUGCUUUACAUUUGUUUAGUUGAUUUAGUAUGCCAUAGACUCAUUUAUAUAAAUAUAUGCAUGUUCCCUGAUUUGAAUUCAUAUCAAAAUAUACAUGUACUCAUACAUGAAGAUUUAAAAAAAGAGUUCUACACCUGGACAGGUAACUCCUGAGUCAUGAUACAUAUAACUUGUAUAGCAGCCCAAACUAUAAAUUGUUGUUAAUAAACGUAAAUCAUAAAUGAUUUGCCCAGUAAGCUAAUAGAGCUGUCUGAUUAUCAUAUCCUCUUGUAAAUACUUGAGUAUUUACAGUAUCUGAAACAAUCAAAAUUUUAUAUAUAUACAUACUUUGUACACUAUGUUACGUUACUUACAUUAUUCUUGUUACAUUCUUAAAUGUAUACAUGUUUUGUUUAUAUCCACUGCAACGUAUUAUUGUUUGUGGGAUUUAGAACUGUGUGUUCAAGUAUGGCAGCAAUUAUGUUUAUAAUAAUUAUGUAAACUGGUGUGUAUCAUGUAUCAUAGCCAUAGGUCUGUUUUUUUAUGAUGUCUAAGCUCUAGUGAGUCGGUUAGUGUCACAGAAAGUAUGUCUAAAGAUGCAGCUUUACAAAGCAGAAUGUUCCCAAAUUUAUUGGGGCAAUCGUUAAUAGGUUAUUGACCAUUCAGAAAUUUAAAGCAGGUUUAUUGAUCAGAUGUUUUGUUGUGUUAUGGGCUCCAAUUGAAAGAGAAAAUGUUUCCUUUUCAUGUGCAUUCAUGGCUGAUAUGUCAAUAAGUUGUUUAAUAGUGGUGAAAGUUUCUUAUAAGAAAGGUCACACAUAACAUACAUUUAAAUUGUUUUUAACAGUUUGAAAGCUUGCCAGUCUUUCAAAGAUUAAUCUUUAAUUAUCGUCAUAGCCAUGUUGUCGUAAAGGUUAUGUCAUGCAAGACUUAAAUCUUGACCUUGACAUGAAACUUUGUGCAUGUGUGAUGUUUGGAAUAUGGGAGAAUGUAGCAAGUCCCCUUAUUGGCAGAAAUGAUAAAUUUCCUCUUUUCAGCUGAUUUCCUCAUAUUUGGUCACAAAACAUUGAAUUUAAAGUUCUUGCAUUUAAUGUGAUCAGUGUACAAACAGUAAUUUCUUACAAAGGGAUAGGGUUAUUCCUUUGUUAUUUUACUGGUUUCCUCUCUUAACAAUUUAAUUUUGUGUCGGCACCCCUGCCCAGGUUACAAUAUAUCUCGAGUUAUGCCCUUGACAUGGACGAGCGUUAGUAUCCCCUUGUUGUGCUUUUGUUUCCAUCAGUACUGGUACUCGGCUCUUCCCUCAGUAACGGUACUCGGCUCUUCCCUCAGUAACGGUACUCGGCUCUUCCCUCAGUACUGAUACUCUGCUCUUCCCUCAGUACCAGUACUUUGCUCUUCCCUCAGUACCGGUACACGGCUCUUCCCACAGUACCGGUCUCUCCAUUGUAAGUACAUGUAGUUCUUUCUCUUCAGUCUUGUACAUGAACAUGUUCCAGUAUGAUCAAAAUGUAUAUUUUAUGUCACUGCCACCAUUGUGUUCUUAUUGAUAACCAAAAUUCCUCACGGCAAUGUUUUAAGAAAAAAACAUGUACAAAAUAUACAUUGAAUUAGAUUUAGCAGCAAUUUUGCAAAAUGUACCAUAUUGUUUA